GAAGAACAAGAGCAGUGCCUCAGGAUGGUCCUAGUUGGAAAAACUGGAUCUGGGAAGAGUGCAGCAGGAAACACCAUUUUGGGACGGAAUUGUUUCAAAUCUAUCGCCAACUCCACCUCAGUAACAUUGAUGUGUCAGAAAGAAACAGCUGAGUUUGAGGGUCAGAUUCUGUCUGUAAUUGAUACUCCAGGUCUGUUUGAUACGAAAAAGGAUCAGAAGUAUGUCAUCGAAGAGAUUGGAAGAUGCAUGAUUUUCUGCACUCCUGGUCCUCACGUCUUUCUAGUUGUGAUCCAGGCAAACAGAUUCACAAAGGAAGAACAAGAAACAGUAAAACUCAUCAAGAGGGUUUUUGGAGAGAAGGCAGCACAUUACACCAUGGUGCUGUUCACUCAUGGAGAUGAUCUGGAGUGGGACACGGUUAAUAUUAUUGAUUUUAUAGGGGAAAAUCAAUCUCUCCAGGAUUUCAUCUCUCAGUGUGGUGGAGAGUAUCAUGUGUUCAACAACCGAUCCCAGGAUCCAUCCCAAGUUACAGAGCUGCUUAUGAAAGUUAACAGGAUGGUUCAGCGAAAUGGAGGAACCUACUUCACCAACGAGAAGAUUCAAAAAGCUCAAAGAGUAAAAAUAGAAGCUGUUCUGACCAUCAUGAACCAAAACCCUGGAAUAAGUGUUAGAGAGGCGAUCAGAGAAGCAGAAAAUGAAUCU